GCCUGAUACAUGCACAACUCGAUACGAUCGCAGUACGAUGGAGAAAGUUCGUCGCACGUGUGAAAGUCGCUGGGCCUUCCUGUUGAUCGGGGUCUUCAUCGGGAGCUGUGUGACGCAAAUUUUCACCGUCCCGGGACUUCCCCACGCCACGGAACCCAGCAGACCGCCGCCGAGAGGCCCCGAAUGGCUGUUACGGGCCCAGGGAAGUCAGGGGAAGGCGGUACGGUCUGAACACCUCAGAGACGGACAAUUUUGGGGAGGAAGUCCAUACAGCCCGCCUAAGCCUGCUCAGCCCAGGAAGAUCCUGCUGGAUUGCGGUGCUAACGUGGCGUCCACAGUCCAGUUGUUCCGGGAGACCUACCCAGACGGACGGGACUUCAUCAUCCACUCCUUCGAGAUAGACGAGAGACUGGCGCCGUUCUUCGCUCCGUACCCGAACCACGUGCUACACUGUCCUACAGGGGUGUCCAACAAGGACGGAAACAUGACGGCUUACUCCGAGUCCGCCUGGUCACCGGACAAAGGAAAGAACAACCGCAGGGAUAUGCAAUGGGGAGGGGGGUCGCUCUUCGCUUUCGAAGACGAGAAAAAGGACACGGAGACGGGCGGCAUACGGAAGCUGUCCCACCACCGGACGGUGCCGACAGUCGACCUGUCCCGCUGGAUUCAGGAGAACACCGCGGUGGAAGAUUACGUCAUCUUCAAGCUGGACGUUGAGGGUGCCGAGUACGACAUCUUAAAGAAGAUGCUGGCAGACGGAACCUUUAAGUGGGUGGACAAAUAUUACGGAGAGUUUCACCACUGGCAACCUGUUACAGGGUGGAACAAGAAACAGAAGGCCCAACUCGUGUCAGAUGUAGGGAAGAAAGGCAAACCUAUGAUAAGUUGGGCAGCUGAGGUCAGGGAUUACGGGGACUUUGACGCCAUGCAUCCUCCAUUGGCCUCCAAGAGUUUUGUGGGCUCCCCGGGCACAGUAUACUCCAAUUGCUCGGCUCCCCUGUUAGCCUCCCGCCGCCUGGCUCUGGUUGUUCUAGUCGGUAUGAACGCCAAGGCCGCGCACAAGCUGGUGAAGACCAUCGCGGCUCACUCCAGCAGGAUGCCCGUCACAAUCUUCCUCUAUGGAGACUUCGUGGAAACGUUUCCCGAACUGGUGACGGAGUGGGCCAAAACUUUCACCAUAGGCAUGCGAGAGAACCAACCGUUUCCGCUAGGGCACUUCACGCUGCAGUCUGCCCGGUGGAUCCGGACUGGCCUGGUCAGUGCCAUACAGCGCCUGAGCGAAGUGGGGCUACAAACGGCCUACUACAGUCCUGAAAACGCAACAGACGCCGUGAUCAGCGAAGGCAAGUCUCGGGGCUUGAGGAUCAUCCAACCGACGGCUCGCUUCCCUCCAACCGAUGAUCAGCAUGCCCUGACGGUUUCAAACUACUACAAGUUUCGGGAUGUGGAGCGGGUUCCCAAAGCUCUCCGCGUCAUCACACAACAACUGGACAACAAGGGCGGCAUCGUCAGUCUGGACUCGGACCACCCGGACAGUUACAUGAUCUCCGUCUUCCUCAUGGACUAUCUGGUCCAGAAGUCCGGAUACAAGCUGGUCAGCAUUGAGGACUGUCUCAAGUAGAUUUUUAAAUCUACUUGAGAAAGUACAAAAAAUACAUUUUUGAAUCUUAGAAGAUUAAAAAAAUGUACUUUUUUUUACUUUCUCGGAAAAGAGCUUGAAAUAUCUUUAGGGAAAGUAAAGUCUUCAUCAAUGCAUUCGAUCAUGCUUAUGCUUUUUAUAUGUUUAUAAUUUGGUCUUCUGUUGUAUUAUGUUCUACAAACUUUAAGCUUAAGGCAGACCAAAUGUUAUGCCUCACGUUCAUUAGAAUGUCAAGAAGAAAUUUUAUCAUGAUGUUUUUAUUUUAUGGCUUUAUACGUUGUGUACAGUAUUACAAAGUGACAAUGCAGAGUUGUGAAAGAAAUAUACGUAUACAUCUGUAGGCAACUUGUGCAUCAGGCCACAGUGAUCGUUAGUGCGUUUUACUUGGUUCAAUGAUCACACAACGAAUGAUGUUAAAAAGUGUUAAGUGUAACCACCCCUUGGACGUUCCUCAUUUCCUAGAGUUGAAGGUAAGCCCCUUUUAAUGAGUUCUUGUUGCAAAGACGUUCGGUCAACAGAAGCAGGUGCGCCGCUGUACGUAUGAAGCUAGCUGUUGUUACUGGAUGUCACGCAAGAUGGCGCUUAAUCACCCCCUAUUCUCUGGAUGCCGUAUUACGUACACUGUGCAAAUGUUGACGGAAGAGAUUGAACGGCAUUAGAGAAAGGGCCAACCAUUAGAACCCUACUCUACUACUCUCUAGUACAGCGUAUGAACGUAAUUUUGCAAAGACCUAAAUCCCUGGAGGGCUUACCUACCCUUAUAAGACACGUAUGACAAAGGAAAGUGUUAGCGUUUCCGUUUUCUACAACCAAUUACGUGAACGGUGACGCAAAUCGACAGGGAUCGAUCUUAAGACUAAAAAGUCUUUCCUGGACGCUUUCCUUCUUAACGGUCGUGUGGCUAAGUACUAGUAUUCACUACACUGGCCAAUGACGUUGCCUCUUAAACUCCUAUUACCAGUUCCCACUUCGCAGCAAUACACACGCACACGCACGCACGCACACACACACACAAAUACACAGGAACACACUCACACUGAAUGAUCUAGUCGCUUUCACAGAUUGUAAUAAAAAUGCAAUGCUCAGGCCAGUUAAAUGAGAUGGUAUAUAUGUGCUCUGUGGGAAAAACUGUACACACCCCUGCAAAAAUAUCCGCUAUGGACCGUCCCUUUACAAAUGUUUUCUCGAUCGUGUGAAACUUCUGUUGGCUGGAAACUCUGACUGUUUAUUCACGUUACCAACAACUAAUCUUUUCAUUGGCUCUUUCUUGUUUCUGGCGCUUUGUUUCUCCGCUGGUUGGGGUUUACUUUGUACACAGCAACCCUUGUUUCUUGUUGUUACUGCGAGUCUUCUAUGCCAAAGAUCACAAGUUUGCUUCAAAGCGAGUGUCGUUUUUUCAAUGAUAUAUUUCGGAGACUUCUGAGUGUGCCGCUUUCUUACUUCGUGUGCAGGAGCGUAGAUACUUCCUACUGAGCAGAGGUUUAGACUUAGGCUGGUUUUUGAUGUCUUUUCAUGCGUUUUUAUCUGGCUUUAUAUUUUUCACCAGCCUUGGACACUUCCUUGUCAAUUUGAUACUGUUUUGUAACCAUCAAAAGAACUGCUUGGAGAUUAUGCAAGUGAUGCGUAAGUGCUAUGUCAUGCACACCUUGCAUAAGCACCGUUUAACGGUACUUAUGCAAGGUGUCUUAUAACACUUAUGUAAAGGACAGUACACAGAAAACUGCAUUAGCGUUAGAAGUUUCCCUUGAGGCUGUGCAAUUAUAU